AUGACUAUUCGAAUUCGAAAACAGGAAGGAGGCAUCGCAUCUGACUCACUGUUGGCCAUCUUUGGCCUGAUCGAGAUGGUGGUAGCCAUUGUGGCUUCAGCCUUCUGUUGUGGUGGCAUGGCCUGUUGUCACUCGUCUUCACCAACAACCACCACUGUGUACACCCACCAGAACAUUCCGAUGGUUGUGACAACCGACCAGUACACUCAGCCGGCGGGAAUUGCUCAGCUCCCUCCCGGACACAACGUUCAGCAGGCGUAUCCCCCUGCUGGCCAGCCUGUUGCUCCAGCUCCCUACAACCAAGCUCCUGCUGUCCUGUACAACCAGGCUCCUGGUGCCCCCUACAACCAGGCUCCUGUUGCCCCGUACAACCAAGCUCCUGCUGCUCCGUCGAACUAGGCUCCCUCUUACUCGCACAACUAACAAGCAGCUGCUGCACCCAUCAGGUCUGGCGAAAUGGUCGCUUAAAUGCGUUAAAAAAAUGUUUCUUAUUAAUAAAACUACUCGGAUAUGUGGAUGUUUAUAUUCGGAAUAACAAGCCAUAACUAUAUUUUUGAUAAAUAAAAUUCAAGCCUACUCUGAGACACACGGAUAUCCAGAGAAAAAGUAGUUCAUCCUCACACACUUUUUAUUAUUCUGAAGAGAGUGGUUUCGAUUGUUAGCCGUGAUACAGUGAUUAUAAUUUUACAUCAAUUCUUAUCUAAUUUCCUCAAUUGGUAAUUAAAAGAUAGCAGAUGAAGAAAACAAAGCUAAAAUAAUGGCUGAUCUUUUUUGAUAGCUACGCAUAAAGUCAAGAAAAACAAACAUGUUAUCCUUACAUGAUAUAACAUAGCAAAUUAUAUUAUACAAAAAUUUGUGGUAUGAAAGUAAAAUAAGUGUCCUCUUUUCAUCACGUGAAGCUAAAACCCCCUCACCCAUCAUUCCACCCAACUUGGGAAAUAGAGAACCCUUUUUGUUACUAUUUAUUAAGCGGCUGGGCUUCAAUUGAAUACUCUUGAUGACUGCACAGAAAGAUCUGUGAAAAGAACAAAGAUAUCAACAACAAAUAACAUUAACAGCAUAAAACAGCUGAAUGUCACAGUGCGAAAAAUAUGUAACCAGCCAACUUGUAGACGAAAAGUUAUGCAUACUGCAUUUAAACUAAAUGGGCUGAUAUUCCCUAACUGCUUUAUAAAUCAUCAAAAUGUUAAUUCAGAGGACCAAACAAGAACAUUUUAAAUUGUAAUAAAAUAAAUUGAAGAAAAAUUUAUUUUACUUCGAUAUAGAUACAAACCGUUUGUUUGUAUGUUGAUUCAGUAUCCCUAUUAAACCUUGAAAAUAAGUAGCCUUUUUCUAGUUGCCUGAAGUGUAGUGGAAUAUAUCCAAUUACCGGUGUAUAUUUGUUUACCUGAUGAUAUAUUAAUAUUGUGCCUUUCGAUCUUUUGACUGUCAUUUUGGAAGUAAUCAAUUCGUCAAUUAAUUAAGUUGCCGAAGAUCGAUGAGAAUUUAAGACAAAAGAUGAUUUAAAGUGUAAAGAAUUUCAGAUAAUUGUGUGAAAUUGAUCUUUUCUGAAUUCUAAACAUAAGAUAAAUCAAUGCGUACG